GCGGGGAAGCAGGGGAGGAGGCCCGAAGGCGAGCUGGCUUCCUUCUGGCUACUCUCCGGGGUGAGGAUCCAGGGAAGAAGCGGCGGGGCAAGCGAGAAGCGGCGGCGGACUGGACCGCAGGGAGGCAGGAAGGCAGGUGCGCUCGGUGGCGAGGCGGGCGGGAGGCCGGAAUUUGUUUAAUGAAAAGUGCCAUAAUCUGAAAAACCAACCAUGAGGGUGGCAGGUGCUGCAAAGCUGGUGGUAGCAGUAGCAGUAUUUUUACUGACAUUUUAUGUUAUUUCUCAAGUAUUUGAAAUAAAAAUGGAUGCAAGUUUAGGCAGUCUCUUUGCAAGAUCAGCAUUGGACACAGCCGCACGCUCUACAAAGCCUCCCAGAUAUAAAUGUGGAAUCUCAAAAGCUUGUCCUGAGAAGCAUUUUGCUUUUAAAAUGGCAAGCGGAGCAGCCAAUGUGGUGGGACCCAAAAUAUGCCUGGAAGACAAAGUUUUAAUGAGUGGUGUCAAGAAUAAUGUUGGAAGAGGGAUCAAUGUUGCCUUGGUAAAUGGAAAAACAGGAGAAGUAUUAGACACUAAAUAUUUUGACAUGUGGGGAGGAGAUGUGGCCCCUUUUAUUGAAUUUCUGAAGUCUAUUCAAGAUGGAACAAUUGUUUUAAUGGGAACGUAUGAUGAUGGAGCAACCAAGCUCAACGAUGAGGCACGACGGCUCAUUGCAGAAUUAGGGAGUACAUCUAUAACUAAUCUUGGUUUCAGAGACAACUGGGUCUUCUGUGGUGGGAAAGGCAUUAAGACCAAGAGCCCUUUUGAACAGCAUAUAAAGAAUAAUAAGGACACAAACAAAUAUGAAGGAUGGCCUGAAGUUGUAGAAAUGGAAGGAUGCAUCCCCCAGAAGCAAGACUAAUGUGGAGAAAAUUGAAGGAUGUGCACUUUCACCAUUAACAGAGAAACUGUGUGUAAAUAUUUUAAGAGCAUGCAGCCAUCUCCGUGUGUGCAUGAGCAUUAAUCUCUGUUGAUACCAGGAUUAUUUAUUGCUAACAUAAAUAGAUAUCUUUGUAAAUAGUCAUAAUGAGCAAAUCACCCAUUUCUAAGCGUAUUUCCCUUAUAGUAGGUACAGAGUCUAGACUGCCAUGGUAAAUAACAUAAUGAUAAAAGCAUACCCAUUGUAUAAGUGAACAGAUUGUGGAAAAUGUAUUGAUACUGACUGCUGUGAAAAUCUAUCAUGGAUAACAAGGGUUUUAGGGAGAAACUUCUCUUUCUUAUAUAUUGCUUUCUGAUGAUAGUAUCUUUUAAAUUAAAAAAAGAUAUUUGGCCAGUUGUGUGUGCAAUGUUAUUUUAUAGUCUAGCUCUCCUGAUGUAUUUUCUUUUUUUUUUAAUCUUUCUCUUUUCUUCUGAAAAAAACCUGGAAAUAAUAUAGAAAAACUUACAUCAGAUAUGUGAUAAGCAUAACAAAGCAUGUUUUUAAAAAAUGUAUACAGUAUAUAUAUAUAUAUAUAUGUAGAUGGUAUUCAAAACUAUAGCUUACUGGGGGUUGUAUUAGCAAUGUGAAUAACAUGAUUUUGUAUAAGCUAAUGGAACUCCACAAAACAAAGGGACCAGGCUGCUUUUUCCAUAAACUAGGUCAUUUGAUACAAUUGUGUAAGUAUAUGCAGAAAAAUGCUGGCACAUAUUUUCGUUAUUAAAAUGUAACCAGCAUCGACCAAGUGAUUUGGAAAAAGACAUGCCUUAAUAUCACAGUAAUUUGUAAUUGUAAAUCAGGAAAUUGAUUAUGUUAAUCCACCUAACUGCCUAAUAGCAAAUUUUGCCUGAAGAUAUAAUGAUAUAUUUAGAAAAGUCCUGAUUACUGAAUGGGUUCCUAAGUAACCCAAAAUGACUAUAUACCCAAUUGUACUUAAAAAUGUCUGAGAUCUAACUUUUUUUGUUAACUUCACAUGUUUGUUAAUGACUUAAGGGUUUUCAUUUGUUUUAUUGAAGUUGCAUUAACCUACUUUGUAUAAAGUAUCUUAAAUAUGAAUGUAAUGAUCAAAUUGUCACUCGCAGUAAAAGACAAUGCUUAAGUUUUAGAUGACUUAUAUUUAAAAAAAAAACUAAAACAGUAUUUUUUAUUGUGUUGUAAAUCAAGUUGGAAGAGAUUCAACUAUUUCGUAAAUAUUAAUGAACUCUUGGGUACUAUUUUUUUCCUUAAACUGAAUGUAAUCCAUGGAUAAUGCACCUUACAUGUUUAAACAAUUUUUGUAAACUUCAGAUUUUGGUGCUUAAAUACUAAACCACAUUCAGCAUGUAUAUUUUGACAUUUUAACUACUUCCCUGUUUCUGUAAAUUAAAAGAUCAGCUGUUUUACAGCUCCGGGGAUUGUGAAAUAAAUGUUACAUUUUUUUUUAAUAAUGAAAAUAAAUCCUUGUGGUUUUGCAUUGUGAUAAAUAUACAUUUUAAGUAUUAUCUGUCAAAGUAAGAUACCUAUAAAAUUUAGUAUAAAGGUUAUCAGGCACUUAGUGUGCUGCUUACUGUGUGAUAAAGUUAUUCCUGUGAUUAAAUAUAUUGAAUAUCCUUAAGUAAGCUAUAUCUGCGAGUGCAUAGGUGUAUAGAACUUUAAAUAGCAAGAUGGAAGGAUCUUUUCCAGCUAAAGAUCACAAAUUGAUAGCUUUGUAAAGGCAUAUAAGAAGCUGAAAGAAGGAAAAAAUAUGAUUAUGUAACCAAUUUUGUACAGUUGCUUUUGUUUCAAUUCUAUCUUGUAUAGUUUGUGCUAGCUUAACUUUGGAAGCAAUAAUUUUAUUACAUUUCAUUUCUCUGAUAUAUUUUAAAAGUCAGCAUUAUCAAUGAAACAAUUUUCAUGUUGUCAAGAACUUUAUUAAAAUCAAAUUUGGCACUGA